GGAGGCGGGGCAUUCAUUAUCAGCCGGAACGUAAACAGCGAUAAAAAUGUUUAAAUCACACAGUGUUAAUUAGAGCCGAAAACAAAAUCAAUGCGCCUGUGGACGCGGACGGCUAGAGAUCGUAAGCGCGUGAACGCGGAUUAAUAUUUAACUCAACGGCCGGCUCAAAUAGGAAUAAUUAAUAUAUAUUAGUGCGUGAGAACGCGUGAGUUGUGAUUUCCGAGUGAACGAAUCACGAAGCAAAGCGGAUAAACAAAAGCCAUAAAAAACAGAAUCGCACGAGAACACCGAAAAUCUCUUGUCUGUGAAUCCGGUGAUUAGCUUGAAGAUUUAAAGAGGUAAUCCCAGCGGUCUCACUGGGCCGCCAUGGACGACGAGUUCAAGCUCUGCUGGAAGAACUUCCAGGACAAUAUAGCCAGCGGCUUCCAAAAUCUCUACGACCGCGGCGACCUGGUGGAUGUGACACUGGCCUGCGAUGGAAAGCUGCUCCACGCCCACAAGAUUGUGCUGGCCAUAUGCAGUCCCUACUUCCAGGAGAUCUUUACCACGAAUCCCUGCAAGCAUCCCAUUAUCAUACUCAAAGAUGUGAGCUUCAACAUAAUGCUGGAACUGCUGGAGUUCAUGUACCAGGGCGUGGUGAACGUGAAGCACACGGAGCUGCAGUCCUUCAUGAAGAUCGGGCAGCUGCUGCAGAUCAAGGGCCUGGCCACCAACUCCUCGCCAGGAUCGAGUGCCUCGGACAAGUCCGCCAGCCAGACCCAGGCGGAGGAGUCCCCCAACAGCAAUAGCAAUAACAGCAAUACACCCCAGGCACACAGCAAUCACAACUCUAGCGUUAAUAGCAAUAACAAUAGCAAGUCGGAAGCGGAUCACAAUGACACCAAGGGCCAAAGCCACUCCAGGACCACCUCGCCAGGUGGAGCGAGCAGAGCCUCCAACGAGGGCAGCCACCCAUACUCGUCCGGCAAGCGCCCGCUGCCCUCGGACUUUGGCAGCGAUGCUCUGUCCAUCUACUCCGGCAAGCAGCUGAGACGAUCGCUGAAGGACCACGGAUCCAGCGGGAAUGAGGGUGGCGGCGGCGGUGAAAAUUCCGAUAAUGGAGCUGCUUUAGAAAACAGCUUGAAUUCCGAGGAGUUCUUCCUGCCGCCCAUUCCGCACAUCUCGAUGGUGGAGCCGCGUUACGAUCUCGGCGGGCUGAAGCGCGAGUCGGAGAAUACGCACCAUGGACCCUCUUCCGGCGGUGCCGGCAGCUCCGGCAGUGUUGGCAGCCUCACCUCCUCGGCCUCCUCCUCGACGGGGAUGCGCAAUCCCUUCGGACCGCCCUUCAAUAUGGAGAACUACAACUUCUACAAAAGCAGCAAUAGUGGCGGAGCCAGCGGCAGCUCAAGCAGUGCAACCGGUCCCGGAUCAUCCAUUAACAACAAUGGAGCUGCAGGACUCGGCUCCGGUACCGAAUACCCCAACGAGCUGUACAUGCCCAACGAUUACUCCAAGAACUUUGCCAACCACAUGGACAUUCCACAAAACGGCAGCAACAUGGUGAUGCUGUCCACCACAUCGCUGCUCCACGGCAACUGCGUAUUCAACCGCAACAACACGGUGGCCACGCAGCAGGGCAUGAAGACCUACUGGCUGUGCAAGUCCUACCGGAUCAGCAUGUGCCGGGCGCGCUGCAUCACCCACCUGGGCAGGAUCAUCUCGGCGACGGGAGUGCACAAUCAUGCGCCGCAUAUGCGUGCCGGCCAGGGAUCGGGAGGAGCGCCAGCCACAAGUGCUGCCACCUCGAGUGGAAAUCAGAGUCUCAAUUCUGCGGCUCCCAAUCAUAGCCAGACGGGUUACCCGCUUUCGGAGGCUUCGCAUCACCUGGGAUCUGAACUGCAGCACGGCAGUCGAGUGAGCAACAUGUUUGCCAACCAGACACCGCCACCACCACCACCUCCGCCGCCCGCCACUGCAGGAUCGCAUCACCCGCACCACCACCACCAUCACCUGGGGCAGCCGCUGCCGAAUCUGUUAGUGCAGCACCAUCCUGCGGCGCCAGCCCACAUGGAGCCAAGUCUAAUGCACAACCCGAAUCUAAUGCAUCUGCAACCGCAGUCCCACCACCACCAGCAGCAACACUCGCCCCACAAUCCGGCAGCUCCUCCGGCGCAGCAACACCACAUGGAAAUGGGCGGUGGAUCUGGGCCAGUGCUCCUCUCGCCGGCCCAGCUGCAGCAGAGUCCGCAGUCCAAUCGGAGUAGCCACUCCCUGCACGCGCAGAGUCCGCCGCCAGGGGCAGAGGAGCAACCGGCGCAACAGACGACCCAGCAGGAGACCGCCAGCGGUGAUGGAACUCCUGAUCCCAGCACCGCCCACGUGAUCAACUCGAUUACGAUAUCGCCGAGCAGCAGGCACAGCUUUAAGAUGGAGAACAUGUAAGCCUGUCGCAGAAGGAGGAGGAGUAACUUAUUUUCGUCUAGUUAGAGUUUUAGUAGAAAAUUGAAUUGGAAUUUAAUUCGAAAAGGCGAGUAAUAAUGUACAUAGUUUGUUUACUUUGAUAAAAAUAAUGCGAACCGAUAAACCAAAAGAAAAAUUA